CGCAUGCGCAGUUCAAAAGUGAUCUGACUCAUGAAUCUUACUGAUCCAAGACAACUUGGCAUCGUAAUUUUGGAAAAGAGUUUAUCAAACUUUUUACGCUGGUUAUGGAUUUAGUUGCAUCUUGAUCUCGAUAAGUGCAGCUGUUGACAGCACCGAAUGAGUCUCCCACGGCCCUCGGGGCUCAAAGCCCCGUCAAAGAUCGGGCGCCCCUCCGCCCUGCAAACCAGCAAGUCUGGCAUUCCGACCCCAGGGAACAGCAGGCCCUCAAGUGCAUUAGGCAAAACUAGCAGAGCUGAUGCAAUUACGACUGGCCAGGCUGACCGGUAUGCUGCCGAACACUCUAUUCCUCAUGUACAUUUACGAGGUCCUGAACCACUUGGAACAGAUGACUACAAGAUUGGAGACCGGGUAUGGGUGGGGGGCACCAAACCAGGUGUUAUUGCCUUCAUUGGAGAGACUCAGUUUGCUCCGGGGGAGUGGGCUGGUGUCGCCCUCGACGAACCUGUGGGUAAGAACGAUGGCGGUGUGGCCGGUAUCCACUACUUUCAGUGUGAACCCAACAAGGGUGUGUUCUCCCGCCUGUCCAAACUGACUCGCUCUCCGGGCGUGAUACCUCGUCCCGCACCCAAAUCGGAGGAUGCGUCUAUGGGAGACAGCCUCAACUCGUCAGUAACAACCAACCUCAGUCCCAUGAGUGCCUCCAACGGAACCUCGAAGACGAACACGCCCACAGCCAACAGGUCUCAGACUCCGAAGCUCGGACUGGCCGGGACCAGGUCCAAGUCCACGUCUGCUUCCAGUCUGGUGAAGGAGUCUCUUUCACCUGCCACUCUCCAGAAGGGAGGACUGCCCAGCAAGUACAGCCUCAAGGUUGGGGACAGAGUCUUGGUGAGCGGGACAAAGCCCGGGGUGUUGAGGUUCAUUGGACCAGCAGACUUUGCCAAGGGCGACUGGGCAGGGGUGGAACUUGAUGAUGCUCAGGGAAAGAACGAUGGGGCUGUGGCAGGAAAGAGGUACUUUGAGUGUCCAGCACACUACGGCCUCUUUGCUCCUCUCCACAAAGUGACCCGACUGGCGGGUACAGCACCCAGCUCACAGGUGCGUAACCUGGGCAACACGAGCCUGCGGAUGUCGCGAGAGCGGUCGGGGAGCCAGGACUCUAUCAGCUCUAUGAGUUCGACGGCGUCCACGGCUUCGCGGAGCCGGGUAAGAUUGGGCAUCACGUCCCUGUCGAACCAGGCUUCGAAAACUGGUCCGAGAACGGUAACACAUAACUUGAAUGCCACAGCUUCAGCAAUACAGAAAGCCCUCAAGGAAAAGGAGGAACACAUAGAACAGCUGCUGCAGGAGCGGGACCUCGAGCGGGCAGACGUCGCCAGGGCAGCAGCAAUGGUGGACGAGGCGGAGAGCCAGCUGGCGAUGGCGCGAUCCGACAGUGAGCGGUACCGGACGGACACCGAGGAACAGCUGGUCCGGCUACAGCAGUACAUCCAUGACCUGGAGCGAGACAAGAAGGAGCUGGAGACGCAGCUCGAAGAUCACAGAAGGAAGAUUGAAGAUCUUCAGUUCCAGGUUGAGGAGGAGGAGAUGACUAAGGAUGAUUUGGAGCAUGAAACGAGUCGCACAGCUGAUGACAUCGCUCGGAUCCGAGAGCUCGAACGGAGUCUGAAGAAAGAGAAGGAGAGAGCAGAUAAACUGGAAGAAGAGGUGUCAACACUGCAGAAAACUGUUGAGAAGCUGCAGAUGCGACUGAAGACAUCUAAUGAGGACCAGACGGGCUACCUAGACCAGAUUGAAGAACUCACCUACCAGCUGACAACCGCUGAGAACAAGAUCAAGACCUACGAUAUGAGCAGACUCGAGGAGGGAGCAAAGACGAGCCAGGUGAGCAUGGAGUUGGAGGAGAAGUCGGGGCGAGUGUCUGAGCUGGAGGAGCUGACUGCCAAACAGGCCACACAGAUGAGACAGCUGGAGGACAAGCUGGCCGAGCUGCAACAAGAAUUGAAAGACAAUGAAACAAAGAAACAGAAAUUGCAGAACAAUUUUGAGGAACUGAAUCAGAAACUACAGCUCAAUGAGUCGGGACAUAAUAAAAUUGCCGAGGAACUCAGAAGCCUAAAAUCCAAUAAAACAGAAUUGCAACAUGAACUGGACACAAGUAAACAGAAAGUUCGCGAACUCUCGGAUGAUCGUGAAAAGCUGGAGCGACAGAUGGCCGACCUGAUGAAAAACUCAGGCGAUAGCUCUAAUCAGCUUUCCAUGAUGAACGAACAAGUUCUCGAAAAAAAUAGAAAAGUCGAGGAACUACAAAAAGACUUGUCCAGUUCUACUCAAAAAAUUGCAAAACUUAACAAUGAUCUAGAGAGGUUGGAGCAGGAGAAGGAGAGAGAGGUGGGGGAGAUUGUAAAUAAACAUAAUGGUGAAGUUAGUGUUCUCAAAGGACAAUUAGAUGAUAUGCAAACAGAACUUAGUCGGACGAAGUCCAAAAUUUCUAAACUUUCUGAAGACUUUGACAAGGAGAAAACUAUUUUUGUACAAAGAAAAGACUCUGAAAUAGAGGAGUUAAAAAAACAUUUAUCAAGCAAGGAGGCCGAGUUGAACAAGCAGGAGUUACAGACACAGGCACACAAACAGGUUCUAGACCAAAUCACCCUCGACAAGGAGGCACUCAAGUUUGAGAAGGAGAAGGUGGAGAAGGCGUUGAAGCGGGUGGAGACGGAGAAGGACGCGAUCAACACGGAACUCAUCCAGUUGCGUGUCCAUCUCACCAAGCUGCAGGGCGACGUCCAGCAGGCCAACAUCCACAGGGACACCAUGGAGGAAAAACUGAACGUCGCCCACGACAAACUCGAGUCAGAGGCCAUCGCAGCCAAGGAGAUUGUGAAGCAGUGCGAGGCGUUGAGGUCUGACAAGGAGAAGAUGGCAGAGGAGCGAGACAACCUGCAGCAGGAGGCGCUCACUAACAAGGCCGAGCUGCAGCAAAGAGACAUUCAAAUAGAACAGCUCAAAAAAGAGGUGGAGAAACUGCGUUCCCAGACGUCCAAACAACAAGAUGUGUUGAUGAAGAAGUCCAUCAAGGAAGAGGAUAACUCCACACUCAGCAAGGACCUAGAGGCGGCCAAGCUGAUGGUGACUGAGCUACAGAAGGCUCUCACUCAGAGUCAGUCGGACGGGGCCGCCAUGAAGGCGGAACUCGAGUACUCCAAACUCGUGCUCGAAGACCGCAAGAAGUUUGAGGAGCAGAACAAGAAGCUUCUUGACCAGAUGGAGCAGCUCCGCAAGAGUCACAGUAAUGAAGUGAAGUCGUUAGAAGGUGACAAGAAAUCUAUGCAGAUGUCGCUGGACAAUUUCCAACAUGAGCUCAAUCAACAGCUGCAGCAGUUAACCGAAUACAAACAUAAGGUCAAUGAUCUAGAGAAUGAAAACGUAUCUCUGUCAGGAUGUAAACUGUCUCUUGCCGAGCUGGAGAAAGCAAAGGAACGUCAGAAGAACGAAUUAACGGACAGAAUUCACAAGCUGGAGUCCGAGGCACUUGAAAUAAGAAAUAAUGCCAAUAACAUAGAUACAUCAGGUGAUUCGGACCUAUCUAAGUCAUUGUCAGAAAAGGAACAGCAGAUUGCCUUCCUCAACUCGGUGAUAGGAGACAUGCAGAGAAAGCACGAAGAGAUGAAGAUUCGUCUUGAAGCCAUGGAAACGGGUGUGGUCAACGGUGGCGGUGAUGUCAUGAUGGACACAUCACCGGUGAGACAGAGAGCAGCACCAAGGUUGUUCUGUGAUAUCUGUGACGUGUUUGAUCUUCAUGACACAGAUGACUGUCCCAAACAGGCCAUGUCGGACGAUGUGCCACCGACCCAGUACCACGGCGACAAGAACCAGAUCAGACCCUACUGUGAUACCUGUGAAAUGUUUGGACACUGGACUGACGAGUGUGACGAUGAACAAACGUUCUGAAGCAAGUCCUGCCUCUCUGUGAUGUCUCAAUCCCGUUCCAUCUCGCUGUUCAUUCCAUGUUUUCAUGCACGGCAUGUCUUGUUUGACUGGUGAUGGUCACUUGAUAUCAUUACGUCAUGCUUCGUGGAUGUAACCAUUUGACUUGCCUCUAAGCAUCAUUCCAGUUUGUGUAACUCGACUCCUUAAAUCUCAGUUAACCCUUUUCAGACUGGCGGAACUGUUGCCUUGAAGCAGUCUGUGUUGGUUUUUUAGGGGUAAAAAUGUCAUUGCACCCUGGAGAAAGACUGAGCAUGAACAGUUCAUGGAAAGUUAGCAGUUGGAGGGUUUAUCUUGACAAUGAUAUAUGGAUAGUUACUUUUUUUUUUUUUAAAUGUCAGCGACUAUCAGUUAAAUGGCCACCAAUGACUUCGCAUUAAGUAGCUGAUGAUCAUCUGAUCGGAAUAUAAAUGGUAAUAAAUACUUGCAUACAGUAGUGACAAAAAUACAGGUAUUUGAAAUUUAAAAAAUUGGCUUUAAUUUGUCGUCUUGAAAAUGCCCAGUAGCACAUUUAUUUUUCAUAUCCUGUUUUUGCUUAAGGAUUAUGUUAUAUUGUAGUCCUUGCAUGUGGAAGACAUGUUGAUCUUUCACAUCAUGGGUACAAAUAGUUGCAUAAAUUGCCUGCUAAAACAAAACUUGUAAAUGCUAUAAAAAUAAGCAUAAUGAGAAAAAGAAUCAUUGUUGAUAAUUACGAUGUUCUUAGUUACGAAGAUGUUCCUGGUUAGGAUCAAGUGCCAAAGAUUGUUGUUUGCUCGUUAGAAGUAGCAGUGGUGGCCAUACACAUGUCAAACUAAACUGUCCCAUGGUUUGCAGUGAUAACUGAGUUUUAAAAGCAUUUGUCAGCUGUUUGUCUGCCAAAUACGGUAUGAACAUGUCAAGUUGGUGACUGUUGUGUUCAGGAAGAAAUUGCUAAAUGAACAGAUUGCAAUGAUAUGUGUUUUUUUGUCUUGCCUUUAUGAAGAAACUAAUCAAGAUACAGGUAUUACGUUUCAGUGGUGCUGUCGGCUACAACAUCAAGACUAGUGUUGUGUCUAGCUCCAUCUCUCACAAACUAAAAGUUGUAAAUCAAUGGAACUUGAUUUAUAGUUGCUCCUAUGGAUUUUCAUUACAAUGCAUGUAAAAAAAUAACUUUAUAAAUUAUUAAAUUAAAAGACUAUGGAUGCAUCUGUUGGUGACAUUGAAUAAGUUUAUGGUAGAUGAGACAUUUAAUUCUAAUGGGUUUUUGGGUGGGUUUUUUUAACUCCACACUGACUCCAGAUGGAAAGUAACUGUGGUCUAGUGGUGAUUACUACUGGUCUCCUAAACACGAUAUCUCAGGGUUACUUCUCAUUUUUAGAUUGUGUAUCCUUUGUAAACCACAUGAGAAGCAGUUAUGUCAAAACCUGCAAACUAUAUAUUAUAAAUACCUCUUAAUAGGUUUUCUAAUUUGUUGGUCCAGAUACCUUACAAAAUACUAAUUAGUUAAUUGCAGAAUAAAAAGUUUGACUUUGUUUUCAUUUCUGUUAGUAAAAGUAAUAUUAAUAUGGGCAUUAGUAAAAUGAGUAAAAUCCCUUUGGUGGUAUUCAAACUUUCAGCAUUAGAGGCCAAUUAUUAUGAUUUUUUUUUUUUUUUUUUUAUAAUUUACAUUUAGAAAGUAUGUUCUGACAAAUAAGAUCUAAUUGUCUGUAUUGUUGUUUACUGCCCUGCUUUGUUGUACACAGAUUGUAAUGAACAUUGUUUGCAAAAGUAGAUCUGUCGAGAAGGAUUUUAGAAACAUUCUGAACUACUGAUACACUUGCCAGUCGUUCAGUGUAUUCAAGGUGUGCUACAGUUUUGGACAAACACAAAUUAUACAUGUACCCAACACAAAUCAUUUCUCAUUUACAUCUUCAUCUUUGUGAGCUUUGUGUCUGAAAAGUUAACAACUUAACCAAGUCUUGUUCACUCGACCUCCUUGUGAUAUGACUUACUGCAUUCCCUUGAUAAAAUACCCUGGCUACAGCAAAUUGGUAGGAUUGGAAUUUAAAACAAUUUGUUACAGUCUUGUUUGAGUGACGUUAUCAUCCCACAGUCAAACAUGAUCCAACUCUUUUUAUAUGCUUGUCUUAGUGUCUUGCUCAUUUUAAACAGGGUCUUCUUUUAAUGAGAUUAAAUGUGCAUAUCUUUGAUAUGUAAGAUAUGCAUGUUCUUUAUGAGUACUGUUUGUAGGGAAAUAAUAUGCAUUCAAUUUUCUCUGUGUUUUUUCUUCCUGGUAUCAUUUUGAGUUUUUUUAAAUGAGAGAUUCAACAUGUUUUGAUCUAACCCACAUGUACAAUAAUAACUAAUUUAGUGCUUUCAUGCACAACUUGAAAGUAAUUUGUCUCUUCUUUUUUUAUGAGCAAUGAAGAAUUUCACUUUCCCCAAAUUAUUAUUGUUAUUAUUAUUAUUAUUAUUCAAUAUAAACUGCAAGAUAACAUUAGCUCAUUCUGAAAUAUGGAGACAUUAAUAUUUUAGAUAGAUAAAACUUCGACAAUAGCCAAAUGGCAUUGGUCAUCAAGCUAUGAUAAGUGGAACUAUAUAAAAAAAAAGCUUAUUCCAAUUAAACUGUUCUUAUGGGAUAUGAAAAUGAGCACAGAUUAUAGUCUAAAUAUGCUGCAUCAGUCUUCCAGUAAAAUUUUAUGAAAAAUAAAAUGUAUGAGAUUUUUUACAGAACUUGCACAGGACAAAAACUAGUAUGAGUUGUGCAAAGCAGUAUGUUAUGUAUGCUGUGUAUCCGUAUAUUAUGUCUGUGUACCCAUGAAGUGCAUUAUUCUCCACAGGUUAAUUUAUUGGAUAUAGAGUAGAAAAUAAAUGGUUUUCUCCUUGUCAAAGAAUUCAUAUGAACUGAAUGUACAUAAUUAUAUAUAAAAAUCUGUUUGCAUUUAUCAUCAUCAUCAUUAAUUUGAAUUUUCCAUCACUUCUAGUAUUAUUAAUAACCCAUACCUUUUAUAUAUCUAUGCAUCCAUUUAUCCCAGUGAAAAAUGGUUGAAUUUAUUGAGAAAUUAUCGUUAAAUUGAUAUGCAUUAGACUUUUAGCAAAUGCAUUAUGCAUCUUUUAUAAUCUGCGAAGAAAUGGUGGAAAGUUUUUAUGUAUGGGUGUCCGCACAUGUAUUUUAGCUGUAGAAAUGUAGUGUUUUUAGCAGGGUCUCUGGAACUGUGACGAGACUGGACUGUGGAGUGUGAGAGAUUUUAAACAUUGCAGUGUGAAGCACGAUUUUACAGUUAAUGUGUUGAAUAUACCACUUACUAUCGUAAAUUAUUAUAAACUAAUUUGUAUAGAUAUUUCCUUUUCUUGAAUUUUUUUUUUUUAUAUAACAUGGAAGAUGCAAAACAACAAAUGGAGAUACCAGUACAUAAUAUAAAAUAAUUUCAGCCAACUGAUUAUAAUUUGUUACAGUGGUUAUCAAGUUUGCUAUUUGGUUAUUGAGCCUAGUUCUUCAUCGUUCCUUCUAACCAUUAUGAGAUUUGAAUUGUAAAAUUGUGCUCAAAUGUCUUGAAAUGCAUGAGCUCCUCAAACAAUCAAACAAUUAUAUUUAAACAUGAUUUAUAUGUUUAAUAAAGCUUACAUACAUGUACAUCUUUUGGGUCUCUCAAAUAUUCUAAAAGUAUGUUUAUUUUUUAAAAUUGGUUGGCAUGGUUACAAGACAUUUUCUGGUAACAAUAUGGAGAGUAAAACAUGGUUUUCUCAACACACAUUUAAAUGACAAAACUAAUCAUAUUUCAGAUUGUAUCGCUGUACAAAGCAGUCAAAGAAAUGUUUUAACAAAUGUGUGAUUUAAUUUUUUUAAUUUUACCUCCACACCCUUUUCCAGUCUCUAAACACAUUUCAGUUCUGUAGCCCAUUUCAGUAGUGUUAGUUUCCCAACUCAUAGUGCCUACAGCCUCUGUCAGUUUGUUAACAAGUGAUAUAGUUUGACAUGCUACCGUUUUGUUUGUGUAAACCCCCCUGUACAAAUAUAGACCUAUAUUUAUUAAUAUAUUCCUUGUACAUUAAACUAACAUCCUGCUUUGUUUUACCAUUGAUUUGUCUAUUGUAAUGAUCAGUACAUGAUGUUUUAUCAUGUUGAAUACAAUAUAUAACACUUU